AUGCAAAUCAAACUCACCUACCGUUUGGCCGAAAAGGAGGACGCCGAGAAGAUCCUCGAGUACCUGCUCAAGAACUAUUUGCAGAGGAACCAUGCACUCAGGUUCGUGAUCUUGGAGAGCAUCCUCUCCGAUUAUAUCCGAUUGCAGGCUCUCAAGCUGCAACCCGCCCAGCUCCGUCCGAUCUACGCGGCCCUCAUCGACCGCUGUCUCCAGUUCCCGUUCUCCACCGUCGUCACCCUCGAAUCCGGAGAGAUCAUCGCUCUGCUUCUGAACUCCAUUUGGAGACGUGAUGACGUUGGGGGAGAAGGCGCCGACUACGACACCGAGGGCGACAACGAGUCGGAGAAUCUGACCAAGUUCAUCGAGAUGCUGAACGCGUGCCAUGAAGACUUCUGGAAACUCGCCCCUCCGGACGUCACCGCGGUGCUCCACAGAGAGAUCUCAAGUGUCUCUCGCAAGUGGCAACGACAGGGAAUCGCCACGAAGAUGGUAACUGCCCAUUUGACAAAGGAGAGGAUCGAUGAGUUCGGGGUGGGCGGAGUCAUUUCGGAGACCUCUUCGUUUGCCAAUCAGGCUCUUCUUCUGAAGCAGGGAUUCAAGUGUCUCAAGAAGAUACUGUAUUCCAGCAUUGUCGAUUCGCAAGGGAAUCAAAUUGUGAAGACUGCCGACGGAUCGCAGGAACUUCGGCUCAAUCUGAAGCUCAUCGAACACUUCAACAUCGCCGCGUAG